AUGGAAGGGGCAAGAGGAGGGGGAACCACCUCCGCCGACGGUCCAGAGCUCUGGAGCCUCAACGUGACGGCGCACCAGCUGUACAUAAGGCGACACCUACAGAGAGGAUUGAGAAUGUUUUGCCCUGCUUCAUAUGCUGAGGAGGCAUCUAUCACCUCUUCCGUUAGGGCCUCUGCUGAUGCAGUGCACGUGCCGUUCAUGGAGCUGCAGCAGCAGCAGCAGUCUCUUCUGAGUGGGGUGUACUGGACCUUGUGCUGUCUCGCUCUCUUGCAGCCGCCUGCUGCAGUGUCCCAGUCUUCUCAAGAGGAGCACGGGCCAGAAACGACCACACUGCCUCUGCCUCCUACAGUGAAGGAGUGCCUCAUUUCCAAGGUAAUCCUCCCUUGUCUCCGCAGGAGACAGUGCUCAGGAUGGGUCUCAGCAGCUCCGGAUGUGGUGUCCGCAGCAAUGCCAGCAGAACGUGGAGAAGGAUAUGGAGGAAGUGUGGCAAAGGAAGCAUUAUCCCACAGACUAGGCCGGCCUUCACCUCCAACUGUAGCACCAACAGCGCUGGGAUCUGGUGGGCAUUGCCGCAUAUCAGCUCUUGGCUUUGGCAGCAACUUGGCCGGGCACGCAACGGCCACAGCUCUCUCGACGUGCAGCGGGCUGCAGGCCCUGGCCCUGUUGGAGGCCCUUCCUCUUCUCUCCGAGGGGGUCCUACGGCAACUACGACAUUUUGUGUUGUCUCUACAGAGAGGGGAGGAUGGAUCAUUUGCAAACACACUAAGUCCCAUCUGCUGGAGCAGGUGGUGCAGCCACUGCAGAGAAACAGCAGCAGGAGCAGCAUUGCCCUCAGCAGUUGCAGCAAUGCCCUCAGCAGCAGCAGCAAACGAAGAGGGGACAUGGGAGAAUGAGGGGGACGUGCGCUGCACUUUCUGCUGUCUCCUCAGCCUGAAGUUGAUACAUGCCGCCGCUAAGGCUCACCAGAAACCCGGAGCUGCCUCUCCUCCCCCUCAAGCCGGUGCCGUUGUUGCGGGGGCGGUUGAUCGGGCUGCUGAAGAAGCAUCUGUUUCUGUGACUUCAGCGCAUUCAGGUGCUGGAGACCCUGCGACGGCGGUGUGGGUGUCUCCCCUGGUGCUGAGCCUCAUGCAGGCGCAGCCUUCUGCUUCGCUGGUUGCGUGGCUGAGAGAGCGGCAGCUCCCUGAAGGGUCUUUGCAGGGCCGCCCUGGAAAAAAAGGAGACAGCUGCUACACCUUCUGGGUGACCGCUGCGCUGCUGCUGCUCGGCAAAGCACCGCUGGAGGUGCUGGAGUCAACAGCGCUUGCUGAUGCUGUUGCUGCUGCGCAGCAUCCUUCGGGCGGCAUUUCGCGGGCUCCCGCGCACUUUCUGUCGGCAGUACAGAAGUGUUGCGAGGCCUCUACUGCAUCUGCAGGCUGCACAGAGCCACCGAAGUCAACAAUGAACAGUAACAGCGACAACGGCAGCGGCAUCUGCAACCCCUUGAGGAUGCUUAGUAUGGGCCCUCUGGACUCGGCGGAGGAGCAGCUGCGGUGCCCAGACCCAUUCCACACCUUUUUUGCCUUGGCCGGCCUUUCUUUGCUGGCUUUUAGCGGGGAAGAGAAAGCAAUGCAGUCAAAGCAGCAACGGCUGCACAUGCACCAGAAAGGGCAAGAACGGCAAAACCAGCAGCACGCCAGAUGGCAAACAACCUGCAAACAGCUGCUGCAACCCCUGGAUCCUGAGACGGCGCUGCCUCUGCAGCUGGCAGAUGGUCUCUAG